GGGCGGGGCGCCCGGGGCCGCCCCAUCACGUGUCGCCGCCGCCGCCGCCGCGCGCACCGGGGGGAGGCGGGAGCGGCGGGAGCGGCGGGAGCGGAGCAUGGCAGCGCUGGCGGCCGCCUCCCCCGGCGGGGACGAGUGUCUGGAGGAGGAUGAGGACGAGCUGGAGCCGGGGCUGGACGAGGCCGAGGCCGAGCCGGAGGGCGGGGGGCGGCGCGAAGGCGGCGGGGGCGGCCCGGGGGGCGCUCUGACCCGCAGGGGCAUCACCCUGAGGGUCCUGCUCCGAGACGGGCUCCUGGAGCCGGGCAGGGGCGUCCUGUCCAUCUACUACCUGGGCAAGAAGUUCGUGGGGGACCUGGGCUCGGACGGGACCAUCACCUGGCAGGAGACGGGGCAGGUGUUCAACUCGCCCAGCGCCUGGGCCACGCACUGCAAGCGCCUGGUGAACCCCGCCAAGAAGUCGGGCUGCGGCUGGGCGUCCGUGCGCUACAAGGGCCAGAAGCUGGACCAGUACAAGGCCGCGUGGCUGCGCAAGCACCAGCCCAACGUGCCACCCCCCGAGGAGGGCUUGGCCAGCGAGGGCGAGGAGGAGGAGCUGCCCGAGGAUGAGGAGGAGGAGGCGGCCAGGGAGGGUCGGGUGGCGCUGCCGGAGCCGGCAGCUCCCAAGAAGCCGGAGGAGAGGAGCAAGAAGCAGCAGGGCAAGGGCCUGGCGGAGCCGGCGGGGACGGAUGCCGGGAAAAGGCUGGAGGUGAAACCCCGCGUGCCCGUCCGCUACUGCACCCUGGGCACCCGCGACUCGGCCAGGAACCCCCAGACCCUGGUGGAGGUGACAUCCUUUGCCGCCAUCAACAAAUUCCAGCCCUUCAACGUGGCCAUCUCCAGCAACGUCCUGCUGCUCCUGGAUUUCCACAGCCACCUGACGCGGAGCGAAGUGGUGGGGUACCUGGGGGGGCGGUGGGACACCAACACCCAGCUGCUGACGGUGCUUCGAGCCUUCCCGUGCCGGACCCGCCUGGGCGACGCCGAAGCCGCGGGCGCUGUGGAGGAGGAGAUCUGCCAGAGCCUGUUCCUGCGGGGGCUGUCGCUGGUGGGGUGGUACCACAGCCACCCCUUCGGGCCCGCGCUGCCGUCCCUGCUCGACAUCGACGCGCAGAUGGAUUACCAGCUCAAGCUGCAGGGCAGCGGCAACGGCUUCCAGCCCUGCCUGGGGCUCAUCUGCGGGCCCUUCUACCACGGCAACCCCGGCGUGGAGUCCAAAAUCGCGCCCUUCUGGGUGAUGCCGCCGCCUGAGCAACGGCCCAACGACUACGGGAUCCCCAUGGAGGUGGAGGUCACCUACAUCCAGGACGGGUUCCUCACCAACGACGUCGUGCAGGAGAUGACGCUGCUGGUGGAGUUCUAUAAGGGAGCCCCCGACCUGGUGAAGUUCCAGGAGCUGUGGAGCCAGGACCAGACCUACCUGGACAAGCUGAAGGGCUCCCUGGCCUCCCGCACCCCCAAAGACCAGAGCUUCACCCACGUCCUGGAGCAGAUCUUCAGCCUCCUCAGGCUCAGCGGGUGAGGGCCCCGGGCCCCUCGACUCGGACCAGGCGCCUCCCGCAGCCCGGGCGGGGCUCGCAGCCCCGGGGCUCUCCCGGCCCCGGCUCGGGGCAGCUCCCGGAGCUCCCCGCGACCCCCCGGCCCCGCCCUGCCCCGGGGGCGGCCGUGCCGGGGGGGAUCCGUGGGUCAGUGGUUUGUGGAAGUGGUAGUUUGAUUAAAGAGCAGUUCCUGA